AGUGACUUUGUUGGACGCUUCAGUUCACUACGAAACGUUGAUGUGCGCGGUUGUUGGCGCGAUUGACAAGCAAGAACAAAAGCAAAGCGGUGAAAUUAUAAUAACAAAACGUAAAGACGUUCAAAUUGCGCGAGAAACCGGUUGAAUAAACGCCUAUCAUUUGCACUAAAAUACCGGCUGCUUAUUUGCAAGUGUGUAAUUAGUGAAGACGAGUGAUAAAAGUGGAAAAAAUAAAGAAAUAAAAAACAACAAAAAUAAAGUAGUGUUUUCACGGUUGUUAUUAAAGGCCUGAUCGCUCCGUUCGAAGUUGAAGUAAACAAAAUAAAGUUGUCGCAUUCAAAAGCACAAAAAAAGAAGGUGAAGAAGUUUACUAAAGCGAAAGAUAAAGAAAAGCACAUAAACAUACAUACAUAUAUACGAAAAUAAAUAUACUUAAGAUAACGAUCGAGUGCUGCAAAAUAGAAAUAAUGAAAAGUUAAAAGGCUAAACGAAGAUAACACCAAGCACAGCGAGCGGAAAAAGCUUGUCCACGCAAACAAACCCGGAGAGAGAGACAGUCCGAUAGGGCUGAAGGGUACUACAGCCUUCCACAGGAACCAGUCCAAAUACAAUGUCACAAAUACACACACAAACGCUUCUGCGCAGAUUGCCACUGCAGCUCGUCUAUAUCGGCUUGGCGCUUGCCAUUUGCCUACCCCCACUAGUGAGCGCCUAUAAUGAGAACUUGCAUCAACGCGAUGGCAUACAUGUGCCAUGUAGCUUCUUCGAUACGGUCAACGUGACGGGUGAUCCGCAUUUCCCUAACGGUUCAUAUCUACACGAUGGCACUAUGAUACCUUCACAGCUGAUCGGCAAAUAUGACUAUAUUUACACGGAUCUCGUGCGGCGUGUCGAAGUGGAGUCACAUGUGCGAGCUUGCAUUUGUAAACUGAAGCCGUGCAUCAAUAUCUGUUGUCCUUGGGGCGCCAGCUAUAGUACCAAUGAGAGCGCUUGCGUCAACAAUACCGACUAUGCGUGGCCCCAGCCGCUGUUGAAUGUGACUAUGCCGGAUGAAACAUUGAAGGCGAUGAAUAUUUUCACUGAAUUUGCUGUGCAGAGUUUUCGACCAUGUGAAUUUAUGUUCUCACUGCAACCGGAGCUCGGCUCUUUCGACGAUUGGAAGCUGUUCGAGAAUGGCACACUACUGCGCGUGUUCGACAUGGUCUACCUCACCAAGAGCGAAUUCUGUUUCCAUCCAACGGUGGCGAAUGACACUACAGACACCAUGUAUAUCAUCAAUCCGGCUAAUUGCAACUAUGACUCGGAUUACAGCACCAUUAAAACAAUAAAUGCUUAUGCCAUGUUGUUUUCCAUACCGUUCAUGAUACUCACCAUUGUCGUUUACCUGAGCAUACCAGAGCUACGCAAUCAACACGGCAAAUCGUUGGUUUGCUAUCUGAUCGGACUCAUCAUUGGUUACUCGUUGCUGGCGAUGAGUUCGCUGCAAUUGGAUGCAUAUUCCAGUCUGGCGUUCUGCAAAUCGCUCGGUUAUGUCGCCUAUUACUUCUUUAUGGCUGCCUUCUUUUGGCUUAGUGUUAUCAGCUUCGAUUUAUGGCAUAACUUCCGUGGGACGCGGGGCAUCAAUCGUUUUCAGGAGAAGAAACGUUUUCUCGUCUAUUCGCUGUAUGCUUGGGGCAUACCGGUGCCCUUCUUGAUCUUCACGUGGUAUGCGCAGGAGAUUGCUGCUAUACCGGAUUAUUGGAAGCCCGGUAUUGGCGGUGGCGAAUAUUGUUGGCUGGACAUGCGCACCUGGUCAGCGAUGAUUUACUUCUUUGGUCCAAUCGUUCUCAUAAUCAUGGCUAACAGCAUAAUGUUCGUCUUGACAGCCAUGAAGAUACACAAGGUCCAACGUGAAAUGGCGCGUAUAAUGGCACGCGAGGAUAGCACAAAGAACUUACGCACCGAAAAGGAUAAAUUCGGUCUCUUUCUGCGCUUAUUCAUGGUCAUGGGCGUCACAUGGUCUAUGGAGAUCUUCUCGUAUUUUGUUGGCGCCGAUAGAGGCUGGGCCAAAAUCUUCUACAUUUCGGACAUCUGCAAUGCCAUACAAGGUUUCCUCAUAUUCAUGUUGUUUGUCAUGAAGAAGAAGGUCAAGCAUUUGAUAACAAAUCGCACGGUGCGCAUACGCAGUUACCGUCAAACCGAGUCGACGACUGUCGGCGGCGGCAGCAUCUCGAUGCGCCGGCGCUUUCAAAAUGUCUCACUGCACAUAAGACAGUUAAUUGUGAUACGAAGCGCUUUCAAUCCGCCGUCCACACGAAAUCACAGCAGCAACAACACAAGUAAUCGCUUCACGCAUUCGCACACGGUGUAAUUUGUCAGGGGAAUUCGCAAAUUUUCGACAUUCGCAUAUCAUUCCGUAAAGUUUUGAACUAGCCCGGUGGGUAAAAAUCAACAAAAAAACGAAAAAGUCAAAUGUGCUCGUGAUUUUGAAUGUAAAUAUGUGUAUUAAUUUAGGAGAACUCUAUGUCGUCUUUUUGAGGUUAUGUGCAACCGUGUUGAACUAAAAACAAAUUAACCUACAGCGUCUCAAGCUGCGAUUACUUAAUAAUUAUCUAUCAUAACGCUAAUUGCUGCAAACAUAUUCGAAUUUUUGUUAUAAAAAUUGUAGGUGACAGUUCAGAUUUCGCCAAAGAGACUCCGAAGAAGCUUUUUCGAUCUAUAUUUCAUCAUAAGGAACCGUAAUUCACUAGUAACGCCCGAAAUGUUUGAUUUCCGCUAGUUCAUUCUCUGCAUUUUUUAGCACUUAUACUUUUUAAUAUCUUAAAAAUGAACUUUCCUAAACUAAAAAUACGAGAAAUGCGCAUAUAUUGUACUCAGCGGCAUCUAGCGUGCUUUAUUUAAGGCUAAGCCGACGCCACUUAAAAACUAACUCUGAAACAAUGAGCAUUUUACUGAAAUUUUCCUUCUUCUUUUUUAGCAACAUAGCCUUGGGUGGUCUAUUGCUUCCGUCACUAUCUUCCUCCAGGUUUCCCGAUCUGCUACUAAGCACCUUCAGUUUGACAAGCUUAUCUCGUUGAGGUCAUCGAUCAUUGUAUCUACCUAUACUUUUCUUGGUCUGCCCUUAGAUAAGAAACAUUUGGUUGUUUCUAGAAGGCCUUUUCACGUUUUUUUUUUUUUUUUGAUUUGGCAUUAUUUUCCCAAGCCCAAGUCAGCGUAUUCACUAGGUUUCUAUCAAAAUUUUGACGUUUUGUCCAAUAUGAAUAUAGACCCUGUCAAGAAAGUAUCGGGAUUUCCUCAUUUCCCUCUCUCAUCUCCCGCUUAUAUGGAAGACAGGUAAGGUAAGGUUGUACCAACCCAGAAAAAAAAAUUUACCUGUCUUUCAUAUAAGCGGAAGUUUUAAAUGAAGAAUUUCCGAUACUUUCUGGACAGGGUGUACAUAUAAAUCCAAUCUAAAGAAAUAAAGUGUUGAAGGGGAAAUAAGGUAUUGCAGAUCGGAACGAUAAAGUGAUUGGACCAUAAAUUUUUCUUUAGAUUUUCCUACCAAAAGAUGAUGUGUGGUGCACGUUAGUCACCUUCAUCGUCCAGACUUCACAACCGUAUGUUAGGAUCGACGCAGGAAUGCAUUAAGAUCCCACCACCUUUUCUUGGCCAUUACAUUUACACCUAAUCGUAACUUCAAGAUCUAACCCCUUUGAGUAUUUAUACCCUGAACAGUGAGCCAAUAAGUUUGUCGUAUCACCCACCAGGAAACGUUGGAGACCCUAUGAAGUGUAUAUAUGUAUGUAUAUAUGAGCUGAGUUUAUUUAACCAAGUCCGCUGAUCAGUUGGCCGCACCGCCAACAUUGAACUACUAUAGAAUAUACCUGCCAUAAAAACUGAUCGAUCCAACCAAGUUUUCAUGUCGAAGGUGUUUGACAAGCUAAGUUCAGGAAAUCCGGUACAGAUUAUUUGAAGAAAUAUCGACCGAUGAUUCCACCGUCCCACCAACCAAACCAAACCGUUGUUUUUGCUGGAUGAAAUGACAGCUCUUGAAUUUCUUGAGGUUGAUUUUCUUCCCAAAUAAGAAAUUUUGCUUGUUUCUCACCUAUUGAGCCAGAAUUGGGCCUCAUUGCUGAGAAAUUUUUAAUUCCAAAAUGUCGGAUCUUCUUGGAACUUUUUUAAAGCCCACAGAGUGAAGCGCUGUCGCUUGGGAAGGACCAGCGGUUUCAGUUCUCUUAGAUGCAGCAUUUUGUACGCUUCCAAUUUAAGAUCUCGACAAUGCGACAAGUCGUUCCAUACGUUACUUGCGGCUGCUAUAUUUUCUUCACUGCGUGCUGGACGUGGCCUAUUCGGUCGAAUAUUAUCUAAUAAGGAAUGCUAGGUCUCAAGAUGGUGUAGGCGAGUUUCAAACUGAUGCAAAAGAGUCUUUGUCUAGCCAGUGCUGGAGAGAUAGAAAAUAUCAUUGCUUUCAUCUUUCCUUAAGCCUUUCUUCGACAUUUCAUCUCACAAAACCGACUGAGUCGACCUUUAUGACACUCUAUAUACAUACAUAUUUAAAGCAACUUAGGCAGGUUAGAUAACCGUUGUACAACCUGAUAUUUAUCUUUUUAGAAAAAUUAGUACCUUCCUAGCCAUUCUAUAACCAAGGACACUUAUGAUCUUUCAUUAUCGCUAAGUAAUUAUUGCUUUCCACAGUUAUCACAGAUAGUGACCUUAUUGGGUACACAUUUCGGUGCUUCGAGGUUGCCUAAUAAGUUUAAAAUCUAUCUAGAACUCGACUAUUUACUUUAAGUACUAUACAAAAUUUAGAAAAACGAAAAAUCCCAGUGACGGCACUCUUGCUUGUCCAUUAUUACGCGCAAACACGGUAUAAGGAAAAGCUUCGCUUAAAGGACUCGCUUGCUACGCGCUCAGCUGUGGUGCUUUGGUGAUGUCAUGCGCCAUGCUCUUAUAUAAUGCAACGCUUUUGAAAAAAAAAAAUUAUUGCCUGCCAUUAAAUUUCGCUCAUUUGUACAAAGUUUCACAUUACAGCUAUGUAUUAUUGAAAUUUUUAUAUAACAUAAUUCAUCAUCAUACAUACUUACAUACAUAUACAAUACAUUUGUACAUAUGCGUAAACAAUAUUUCAACACAUACAUAUUUACAAUAUAAAAUAAAGAACUUA